GCGAGAAACUGAUAACGAGAAUACAAAGAACCAUUUCAUCAUACGUCGUCGUAUCGCUGUAUAUUCCCAAACUUCUCUUUCCCUCCCGUUUUGUCGAGGAAACCCUAGAGAAACAACGAUCAAUCAAUUCGAAUCAUCCGACGAAAAAUCAUGGCGAUUGCUAGAACUGGCGUUUUUGUCGACGAUUAUUUGGAGUAUUCAAACACAUUGCCCGCUGAGCUUCAGAGACUUCUCAACACUAUUAGAGAACUCGAUGAGCGGUCCCAAGCCAUGAUAAACCACAGUAGGCAGCAGACGAAUUAUUGUGUUGGAUUAGCUUCUCAGACUCAUGGGUCGAGGAAAAGUAAUUAUGAGGACGAUGAAGCCUUUGAGAAGUUGAGGAAGGAGAUUGAGGCAAAUCAGAACAAUGCACUAAGCCUCUGCACAGAGAAAGUUUUGCUUGCAAGACAAGCUCAUGACCUUAUAGAUAGCCACAUAAAACGCCUAGAUGAAGAUCUUAACAACUUCGUAGAAGAUCUGAAGCAAGAGGGAAAAUUACCAGCUGAUGAACCUGCGGUCCUUCCUCCAUUACCUUUGGUCCUCAAAACUGAAAAGCGCAAACCUAUAUAUGGAACACCUCAAUCAAAGAGGCUUGAAUAUAGGGACAGGGAUUGGGACCGCGAGCGUGACAGAGACUUUGAGCUUAUGCCACCUCCAGGAGGCCUCAAAAAGGAUUUCUCUUCUCCAGUUGAUAUUGAUCAACCCAUUGAUCCAAAUGAACCCACUUACUGUGUCUGUCAUCAGGUAUCCUUUGGCGAUAUGAUUGCUUGUGACAAUGAAAAUUGCCAAGGAGGUGAAUGGUUCCAUUAUGCAUGUGUUGGGCUCACGCCUGAGACUAGAUUUAAAGGCAAGUGGUACUGUCCAACCUGCAGACAGUUACCACACUGAUCAGACAUGCUGCUGUUCUUGUGCAUGGUGCUCUAAUGUUUUUGGACUGGAGCACAGUUGGGAAAGGAUUAUUUUAAUUAUGGAACUCUUGUGUAUUUAUGCCUGAGCUGCUCUCAAACAAUAGCUGCAUAUUGUAUAAUGGCAGGUGAAGAAAUGGAAAACAAAUUUUGGAAGGGAGCAAUUUGUGCUAUAAACACUUUAGCUGGGGACUGCAAGAUAGAGUUUGGGAAAGGAGCUUAAUUAGUUUUCACGUCGUCUCAUAGUUUAUAUAAAUCCCCAAGAGAUGCAGUCAGUCUUUAGAUUUAACAAUUGUAAAGUAGACUGCUUUCUUUCUGUAUAUUGACAGCCUGCUUGAGUAAACAAAUCUUUUGAUGAUACACGAUGUGUUUGGAGAUUCAUAUAUUUCAACCAGAUAUGUGUUUGCUUUUAAA